AUGCUUCGAAAGUCGGCGACAGGCACAUGGCUGCCCGCCUGGGUACCAGACUCAACAUUCGUGUUGUCUUUCCUGCUGAUUAUAUGCUCCCUUGUGCAAUCAGCUACAGGCGGCUAUGAUGGCUCUAUGCUCAAUGGUCUCAACAUCUUGCCCGUGUACUUGGACUACUUCAAGCUCACCCCUGCGACUACCGGCUUGAACACGGCAUCAGUCUUCAUUGGAGGAUUCUUUGGUCCGAUCUUCGCCGGUGUGAUGGCUGACCGCCUUGGACGACGCCCAGCGAUCUUUUGGGGCUCCAUCAUCACAUUCUUAGGGAUCGUCUUGCAGACUGCAGCACAGAACGUCGCCAUGUUCGUGAUCGGUCGCAUCAUCCUUGGGUUCGGCUCAGCAGUCUCGGGUAUCGCAAGCGGUGUCUACCUCUCCGAGACGUUCUCAAGUCGAUGGCGAGCAUGGGGUGUCGGUUUGCUCAACGACUUCUACUACGUGGGAGCUCUCAUCGCAGCCGGUAUCACGCUUGGUACGGGCACGUGGCAGAGUACCUGGGCUUGGCGAGCACCAUCGCUCUUUCAAGCCAUCUUCUCCUUGCUCUGCAUCAUGAUCUUGCCGUUCGUUCCGGAAUCGCCACGCUGGCUCGUGAAUGCUGGCCUGUUUGAAAAAGCUCGAUUGUCCGUUGCGCAGACGAACGCUAACGGAGAUCUCGAUGAUCCUGUAGUGCUGGUUGUGUAUAAGGAAAUCGUGGAUACUCUGAAAUGGGAAAAGGAUGAACAGCGCUCGAUGACACCCCUUCAGGUCGCGAAAGACCCAAUCGCUCGCAAGAGACUCCUCAUCGGCGUGUCCGCGGGACCAUUCUCCUGCAUUGCUGGGAACAUCAUCGCCUCAUACUACCUUGGUGCCGAACUCGAUUCAGCCGGCAUCACCGACAGCCUGCAACAGCUGAAAGCCAAUGUGGUCCUCAAUGUCUGGAGCCUACUAUGCUGUUUAGUUGGAACUCUGUUGUGCGCAAGCUGGGGUCGCAAGCCAACUGCUUUGGUCACACAGUGUCUGCUGGUGGUCUGCCUCUUCAUCAUCGGCGGCCUGUCGAAGCUGUACGCCAGUGAUCCAGUUGGUGCCUCUCGUGGUCUGGUGUACGGUAACGUGGCCGUCAUGUUCCUCUUUCAAGGCUUCUAUUCGAUCGCUUGGACACCUUUGCUUUACUUAUACCCACCGGAAGUGAUGAACUACUCUAUACGGGCGAAUGGAGUUGCGUUCUCGCAGUUCAUGCUCAAUGCACUUGCGCUGUUGCUGGUUUUCGUCAUGCCCAUUGGGCUCGCAAACAUUGGCUGGAAAAUGUACAUGAUCAAUGGAGGCUGGGAUAUCAUUGUGAUAGUGCUCAUCGCUGUGUACUGGAUCGAAACGAAAGGUAAGACUCUCGAAGAGAUCGAUGCAAUCUUUGAGGGACAAAAACACUCCGAUGUACCGGACGUUGAGCUUGUCCGUUCCGGUCAGGUCAAGCUUGAUGUGGUUCAUAUUGAGAAGCAGCUUGACACUGAGGUUGUCAACACAAAGAUUGAGUAG